UUAACCUUUUUAUUGUACGAAAGAUGAAUGCGGCUGGAAUUCUGCGAGCUUCUUGUAGAAGAAACUCACGAAGUCCUGAGACCGCCACACACACACACACAAACAGUGAACAGAACCGAACAGAACAUUGGAAUUUUUGAAAGUGCUGGCGACAAGUAAAGGAAGGUUGGCUUGGUCUUGGGUUGAACGUGGCCACCAAUUAAAUUCCCUCAAAAAUUCCAAAUCGCAAUGCGGAGAUUUGUAGCCGAGAAAGCCAUAAAUCUGGUCAAGAGCUCUACAAAAGAGAGACUCAGACUCACUUUUUCUUCUUCUCCAUCUUCAUCUAAGUCUGCCCUCCGUUUCUUGACGUCCGUUCCUUCCCCUUCUCCUUCCGAUUCAAUGGAUUCUUCUAAUUCAUCCCCUCCUGUCUCUCUUGAAACCAUUAAUCCCAAGGUCUUAAAGUGCGAGUACGCUGUUCGUGGUGAGAUUGUCACCUUGGCGCAGCAAUUGCAGCAAGAAUUACAAGCAAACCCAGGUUCUCGCCAGUUUGAUGAGAUACUUUACUGUAAUAUUGGAAAUCCCCAGUCUCUUGGUCAGCAUCCAAUUACUUUUUUCCGAGAGGUUCUUGCACUGUGUGAUCAUCCAUCCAUAUUGGACAGAAGCGAAACUCAGGGUUUGUUCAGUGCGGAUGCCAUAGAGCGAGCUUGGCAGAUUCUGGAUCAAAUUCCUGGAAGAGCUACCGGUGCGUAUAGUCAUAGUCAGGGUAUCAAGGGAUUACGUGAUAUAAUUGCUGCUGGUAUUGAAGACCGUGAUGGUUUUCCUUCUGAUCCAAAUGAUAUUUUCUUGACAGAUGGUGCAAGCCCAGCGGUCCAUAUGAUGAUGCAGUUGCUGAUAAGAUCAGAGAAGGAUGGAAUUCUUUGUCCCAUUCCUCAGUACCCUCUGUACUCUGCUUCAAUUGCCCUCCAUGGUGGCACUCUAGUUCCUUACUACCUUGAUGAAGCAACUGGAUGGGGAUUGGAGAUUUCUGAGGUUAAGAAGCAAUUGGAAGAUGCCAGGUCCAAUGGCAUUACAGUUCGGGCCUUGGUUGUAAUAAAUCCAGGAAACCCAACAGGGCAGGUUCUUGCGGAGGACAACCAGCGGGAAAUUGUGGACUUCUGCAAGAAAGAGGGUCUUGUUCUUCUGGCAGAUGAGGUAUACCAGGAAAACGUUUACGUUCCUGACAAGAAGUUUCACUCAUUCAAGAAAAUUUCCCGGUCUAUGGGGUAUGGUGAGAAGGAUAUAUCCUUAGUAUCUUUUCAGUCAGUUUCUAAAGGGUAUUAUGGGGAGUGUGGAAAAAGAGGAGGAUACAUGGAAAUAACUGGUUUUAGUCCUGAAGUAAGGGAACAAAUUUACAAAGUGGCAUCUGUGAAUCUUUGUUCUAAUAUCUCUGGUCAAAUUCUCACAAGCCUCGUCAUGAAUCCUCCCAAGGUUGGAGAUGAAUCCUAUGAGUCCUAUACUGCAGAGAAAGAUGGAAUCCUCUCAUCACUAGCAAGGCGUGCAAAGACACUAGAAGAGGCAUUCAACAGUUUAGAGGGUGUGACAUGCAAUAAAGCAGAAGGAGCAAUGUAUCUCUUUCCGAGAAUUCACCUACCCCAGAAGGCAAUAAAAGCAGCAGAGGCAGCAAGAGCAGCCCCAGAUGCAUUCUAUGCUCGUCGCCUCCUCAAUGCCACGGGAAUUGUUGUUGUUCCUGGAUCUGGAUUUGGGCAGGUUCCUGGAACGUGGCAUAUUAGGUGCACAAUACUGCCUCAGGAGGAUAAGAUUCCGGCUGUAGUCUCUCGAUUGACAGAAUUCCACAAAGGAUUCAUGGACGAAUUUCGUGAAUAGUUCUAGAUAAGGUUUAACCGUCAUAUACAUGUCCAUGCCUUUUGUCUCUUAAAUAAGGUUUAACCGUCAUGUACAUGUCCAUGCCUUUUGUCUCUUAAAUAAGGUUUAACCGUCAUAUACAUGUCCAUGUCUCUGUCUUCUCCUCCCUUUUUGAUUGUUCUUGGGGGAGUAAAACAUGUUGCUAGUUAUACUGUUACUUACAGAAGCAGGACCGAGCGUGUAGGAUGCAGAGGCUAUCUUCUCAUUGUCCUCCAACGAUGUCUACUCUCAUCAUUUUCUCUCUUUAUAUAUCAGAAAUUGUUUGUUAUUUGGGGCA